AUGGAAACUGGAAAUCAAACACAUGCUUUAGAAUUUCUCCUCCUGGGAUUUUCAGCAAAGUUAGAGAUUCAGUCCAUUCUCUUUGGGCUGUUCCUGUCCAUGUUCCUGGUCACUUUCACUGGUAACCUGCUCAUCAUCCUGGCCAUCAGCUCUGACUCCCACCUCCACAUACCCAUGUACUUCUUCCUCUCCAACCUGUCCUUUGCUGACAUCUGUUUCACGUCCACCACCAUCCCAAAGAUGCUGCUGAACAUACAGAUACAGAACAAAGUUAUCACCUAUGCAGGCUGCAUCACCCAGAUUUUUUUUUUCAUUUUGUUUGCAUGCCUCGACAAUUUACUCCUAACAGUGAUGGCCUUUGACCGGUUUGUGGCCAUCUGUCACCCUCUGCACUACACGGUCAUCAUGAACCCCCACCUCUGUGGACUGCUAGCUCUGGGGUCUUGGAUCAUGAGUGUCCUUGGUUCCCUUCUUGAGACCUUGACUGUGUUAAGGCUGUCCUUCUGCACAAGCAUGGAAAUCCCACACUUUUUUUGUGACCUUCCCGAAGUCUUGAAGCUUGCCUGUUCUGACACCUUUAUCAAUAACAUAGUGGUAUACUUGGUAACUGGACUUCUGGCAGUCAUUCCUUUCGUAGGAAUACUUUUCUCUUACUAUCAAAUUGUUUUAUCCAUCCUGAGAAUUGCAUCAGCUAGUGGUAAGUGGAAAGCCUUCUCCACCUGUGGGUCGCACCUCUCUGUGGUCUUCUUGUUCUAUGGCACAGGUCUUGGGGUUUACCUCAGUUCUGCAGCCACACUGUCCUCUAGUGGAAGUGUGAUGUCCUCGGUGAUGUACAGCAUGGUCACCCCCAUGUUGAACCCCUUCAUCUACAGUCGGAGGAACAGGGACAUGAAGGGGGCCCUGGGGAGAUUCCUCAGCAGGGCAGCACCUUUCAGUGAUGAGGCUAUUGAAGGACUUUCAUGA